GCCAUUUACUGGACAUUUUGGAAGAAUUCUAAACUCGAUGAAUCCAGUUUUCAAAGUGAAACACAAACCUUCCCUCUUGUGCACUGUAUAUACUUUGUCCUUUUCUCAACCGUACGUCUUAUUUAAGUCGUGCUCAUGACUUUGAACAAAUACAGUGGAAAAUAUCGCUGGUUGUCAACAUCGUGGACGUCUGAGAAGGUGAAAUGGGACACGGAAGUACUUUGUCCAAGUAGAGACGCCGUACACGUUCCACUGUCGCUCAACUUCCGUCAACGUAAACGUCGUGGGUGAGCCCACGAAAUAUUUCCUCCGUAAUUAUUACUGAACGCCUUGGAGUCUCGACACACGACCUUCAGGUUUAUUUUUGAUUGGACUAAAACAUAAUCCGUCAAAUCUUCGUAUCCGCGAAAAAGAACUCGUCACGGCGUCCGUUGAAGCUUCUCCAGCUAGCUUAGCUUCGUUUAUCGUAGCUUGCUCGCUGCUGACGAUCGGUUGGCAACACACAGCGAAGCAACGAAUCAAGUUUGAGCGUCAAGUGUUGACUGGCGUGUGAAGAUGUGGGCACAAAGUGUGAAAGAAGAAAAGUACGACGAUGAACUUUCUGGAAUGCCGGACGACCACGAGAGACGACGUCACGGACCGUGGGGCGCUUUUUGCAACAACCCAGCUGAUGUCAGUGAAGCUCUUCGUCCACGCCUCCGUUACUUGAAAGAGGAAAAGGAGGAGGAAGAGCCCCGCAAAAUGAAAGCCGAGGAGGCCUCCUCGGUGAGCCUCCAUAUUAAGAAGGAAGAGGACCCAGAACGCUGUCGUGUUAAAAAGGAAGCGGAGGAGGUCGAAGGCCCCCACGUGACGGACGAAGAGGAGCCGGGCCCCGCCCACAUUAAAGACGAAGAACAGGAGACUGAAAUAACUGAUUUUCCAUUGAUCGUCAUUGUGAAGAGUGAAGUGGAUGAUGAAGAAGAAGCGGACGCGGACGCAGACGCCUGUGAAGAACCGCAAGCCGAAGGCCUCUUAGCUCCACUUUCCGAUAGUGACAACGUAACGUCACGAUUUCCUGACACGAACGACGAGGACCACUCAAAAGGGGACGGGACACAUGACACCGAAAACAAAGACGUGAAAUGUUCCCAUUGCCACAAAACCUUUUCCAACAAGUCGUCGUUGAAAAGACACACGAGAACACACACCAGAGAGAAGCUCUUUGCCUGCCCAAUUUGUAACAAAAGAUUUGCUCAUAAGGGACAUUUGAAAAUACACACAGGGAUUCACUCUAGUGAGAAACCUUUUUCCUGCUCAUUGUGCGGUCAUAGAUUUAGCCAUAAGAGUAGUUUAACAAAUCACAUGAGAAUACACACCGGGGAGAAACCUUUUACCUGUUCAACCUGCAACUUGAGAUUCGGGAGACGUUCUUACUUGAUAAAACACACACGAAUACACACUGGGGAGAAACCCUUUUCCUGUUCAGUUUGUGGUAAAGGAUUCUCUAUCAAGGAAAAUUUGAAAAAACACACAACGACACACACUGGUGAAAAACCGUUUGCCUGUUUGGUUUGUGGUAAAAGUUUCUCGUUGAAGGGAGGUUUGAGAACACACUCGAGAACGCACACUGGGGAGAAACCUUUUGUCUGCUCAGUUUGUGGGAAAAGUUUCGCUCUGAGGGCGUGCUUAACAAGGCACACGAGGAUGCACAAUGGGGAGAAGCCUUUUGCCUGUUCACUUUGUGGUAAAAGAUUCCUGGUGAAGACGUGUUUAAUCAGACACAUAAGGACGCACACCGGUGAGAAACCCUUUGCCUGCUCAAUCUGCAAUUUAACGUUCAUCGAUCACACGGGACUGGUGAGACACACGAGAACACACACUGGGGAGAAACUCUUUUCAUGCUCAAUUUGCGAUAAGCGAUUUACACAAAGAUGCAUUCUGGAAAAGCACAUAAGAAUACACACGGGUGAAAAACCAUUCAGUUGCAAUGUGUGCGAUAAAAGAUUCUCUCGUAAGGAUCGGGUUAAGAGACACAAGUGUGUCACGGAGAAGAAUUGUGGCAAAUGAACUUUCAACUACAAAGAAACUCUUUGUGCGAAGAUGGAACGUGUAUAAUUAUGUGACCUGCACGUAAUACCUGUAAAAAAUACAAAUAUCCACAGUAUUCAGUCAAGUUCCAUCUGUUAUUUCUCCUUGUCGCAUCAUUAUCACUUCAGUUCUCACGCGAGUGGUCAAAUGUUUAGUGUACUCAUCACAGGCAUUAAUGUCAGAAUCAUGGCGGUGUUUUGAUUUCUCUUGAUUUUUUUCCCCCUGGGUGGAAGAAUUGUACACAUCCCAAUUUCAAUUAAGUUGGAACAUUGUGGAACAUAUAAAUAAAGACAGAAUACCCUAAUUUAUUUGAAAAUCAUUUUCAAAUUAAAUUCAGAUGAAUACACUACAAAAAAGAUACGUAAUGUUCAAACUGAUACACUACUGUUUUUUUUUUUUUUUUUUUCCUUGAAAGUAGUCACUCGUUUUUGACAUCAACUAAAUCCGUGCCAGUAGGUGGCGCUCCACUGGGUGGUGUCGGAAAAAAAAUAUUUUUUUGUUUUGUUUUUACAGUUACGAAAUCUGUCACUAU